CACACAAAGAAGAAGCAAUAAAAGGAAGAAGAGAGAGGGAGAGGAUGAAGGAACGGAGGAAGAUGGAGAGAGAGAAGGAAGGAAGAGGAGGAGGAAGCAAGUUUAGUCUCCCUCCUCCUCCAUCCACAAGAAAUAUCUCUCGUGGAGGGAGAAAGCACCAAAUUAGAGAUAGUUUUAAGCAAGGUUCCCCCAGGGUGUCUCAACGCGUCCCUCACCUUAACAGACCCCCUGGGCACACUGACCCCCUCCAGUGUGACCCUCUGUGACAUGACCCCUGCUAAUGUCACUCUCAAGGUCACCACGCGAGGCACCACCACCAUCACCACCUCGGCCUUCCCUCAAGACUGGGUUAGUGACACCUCCGCCUUCUGCUUGGUGACCGUAAUGUUCUCUAGGGGCCUCACCACCGCGGCUGACGUCAUGGGCUGGCUGUACACCAUAGCUUGGGAUGUGUCCUUCUUGCCCCAAAUACUGCAUAACUGGAGGAGGCGAAGUGUGGUUGGCCUAAGCUUUGACUUCCUCACCUUCAACUGGAUCGGGUUUUUCUCCUAUUUCAUCUUCAACAUGGGACUGUAUUGGCUCACGGAUAUUCAGGAACAGUACUCUUUACGAUACCCUCAAAGAAUUCUCCAUGUUCGUCUCAAUGAUGUAAUAUUCCCUCUCUAUGCUGUGGUCUGUGUCACCCUGCAGAUUGGACAGUGCUUCUUGUAUGAGCGAUCGAAGGGCCAGCGUGUGUCCACAACCUGCAGAGUUCUGAGUGGUCUUCUGGUGGCGUCAGCUGCUGUGGGGUGUGUGCUGGUGCCCCUUGUGGAGUCCUGGUGGUGGCUGGACGUCCUCUACCUCCUCUCGUACAUCAAACUCACCAUCACGUGCAUCAAAUACGUGCCACAGCUCUGGGUCAACCACAAGAGGCGUAGCACAGAAGGCUGGAGCAUAUACCAAGUUAUUCUCGACUUCACUGGCGGAACACUGUCGCUGGUACAAAUGUUUUUACUCUCUGGCAACUAUGAUGACUGGCUCUCCCUGCUAACAGACCCUGCCAAACUCGGUCUCGGUCUCCUCUCCAUCAUGUUCAAUAUUCUCUUCUUUAUUCAACACUACUGCCUCUACAGAAACACGCCUUCGUCAGUAGUGAGAGAGCUGAAGGGCAUAGACGGACCUCUCCAACACUCAGAAGACGCCCUUGAGCACACCAAGUUCUGAGAUUAAAGGCCACAUUUUAUAACAUCUCAGCGCCUCACCUGCGUUGCUGUCCAAAGGCUCUCGUUGAAGGUACAGAGGUUUCCAAGGGUGUUUUCAAGGUUCCAGUGACAGAUUGAGCUCUUGAUGGUCCCGUGAUGUGUUUUCUUUGUAUUUUGUAUUGGGUGAUAUUAUAGAGAUUUUUGAUACUUGUGUAGGGUUGAAACUGGUGGAAACUGUAGCUGUUGAUGUUCUGACCUCCAUAGAACGUUCCUAUGUCAAUGAAUUCAUGUAAUCUUACGCAAAACUCAUGGUAAAAAUGCGUCUUUGAAUUGCGAAGGUUAACAGUUUCUUUAUAUAGAUGUUUUAACCUCCAUAGACCCUUCCUAAUAAUAAAAACAUUUAACUUCACGCAAAACUCCUGGUGAAAAUGUGUCUCUGUACUGAAAAUAUUAACAAGAUUUCUUUAUAUAGAUUCAAACACUUCUGUAGGGGUUGAAACUGGUGGAAACUUUAGCUAGUAAUGUUUUGACCUCCAUAGACCCUUCCCAAUUAUAAAAAAAAAACUUUGAUCUCACCCAAAACACCUGGUAAAAAUGUGUCCCUGUACUGAAAAUAUUAACAAGAUUUCUUUAUAUAGAUUCAAACACUUCUGUAGGGGUUGAAACUGGUGGAAACUUUAGCUAGUAAUGUUUUGACCUCCAUAGACCCUUCCCAAUUAUAAAAAAAAAACUUUGAUCUCACCCAAAACACCUGGUAAAAAUGUGUCCCUGUACUGAAAAGAUUAACAAGAUUUCUAUAUAUAGAUUUAAACACUUCUGUAGGGGUUGAAACUGGUGGAAACUCUAACUAGUAAUGUUUUGACCUCCAUAGACCUUUCCCAAUUAUAAAAAAAAACUUUCUCACCCAAAACACCUGGUAAAAAUGUGUCUCUGUACUGAAAAGAUUAACAAGAUUUCUUUAUAUAGAUUCAAACACUUCUGUAGGGGUUGAAACUGGUGAAAACUCUAACUAGUAAUGUUUUGACCUCCAUAGACCCUUCCCAAUUAUAAAAAAAAAACUUUGAUCUCACCCAAAACACCUGGUAAAAAUGUGUCCCUGUACUGAAAAGAUUAACAAGAUUUCUAUAUAUAGAUUUAAACACUUCUAUAGGGGUUGAAACUGGUGGAAACUGUAGCUAUUAAUGUUUCGACCUCCAUAGACCCUUCCUUAUUAUAAAAUCAUCCAAUUUCACCCAAGGACUCCUGGUGAAAAUAUGUCUCUGUACUGUUCUCAAGAUUCUGUACCACCAACACUAGAAACACUCUUGAUAACCAGGCUAGUCAUCUCUGUGGCCUUGGAGAACAGUGUUGUAGUGUUUAUGGGUAAGCUAGUGGGGUAUUGUGGGGUUAGGGACGGGAGGGCAGGGCUUUGGGAGGGCUGUGGGAGGGUUGGGGAGGGAGGGGAAGCAGAGAAGAGAUUUAUGGCCGCCUCUUGCAGCUUCCAUCUUUUCUUAUGUUUUUAUUAAGUAGUUUUAAUUAAGUGUUUCUAGUACCUGGCAAGUAUUGAGAGGAACAAAUCUAAUAUAUAUGUCUAGUAAA